AUGGCGCGAGAAUCGGAGCAGUUCGAAACUGCUCCGACAGAUUCACAGCAGAGCGAAUACCAAAGAAAACUCUACAGGGAUUUGAUGAAAGGCUACAAUCAUUUGGAGCGUCCUGUACUGAACGACUCACAGUCUUUGGUUGUUGAACUUGGAAUUACGUUUAUACAGAUAAUUGAUGUGGAUGAAAAAAAUCAGGUGUUGAUCUCAAAUGUGUGGCUGCAAAUGCAUUGGACAGACUGCUAUUUGAAGUGGAAUAUUACUGAAUAUGGUGGCAUUCGAACAGUACGCUUUCCUUCAGAUCAUGUGUGGGUCCCGGAUAUCCUCCUGUACAACAGUGCUGAUGAAAGAUUUGAUGCGACGUUUCACACCAAUGUUCUUGUAAAAUCAAAUGGAUAUAGUCAAUACAUCCCGCCCGGUAUCCUGAAGAGCACAUGCUACAUUGAUGUCCGCUGGUUCCCAUUUGAUGUCCAGAGAUGUGAUUUAAAGUUUGGCUCCUGGACACAUGACGGCUGGCUAUUAGAUCUGCAGAUGAUGGAAGCUGAUAUUUCCACUUAUAUACCCAAUGGAGAAUGGGAUCUCAUUGGAGUACCAGGGAAAAGGAAUGAACUCCACUAUGAGUGCUGUGAUGAACCCUACCCUGACGUGACCUACACGGUGAUGAUGCGCAGACGUACACUAUAUUAUGGACUAAACCUUCUGAUUCCAUGUGUCCUAAUCUCUGGGCUGGCACUUCUGGUAUUCUUAUUGCCAGCAGAUUCGGGAGAGAAAAUUUCAUUAGGGAUCACUGUGCUGUUGUCCCUAACUGUAUUCAUGCUGUUAGUGGCUGAGAUAAUGCCAGCAACAUCUGACUCUGUCCCAUUGAUUGCUCAGUACUUUGCGAGCACAAUGUUCAUCGUGGGCCUGUCUGUGGUCGUCACUGUGCUGGUUCUUCAGUUUCAUCACCAUGAUCCUCAUGCUGGAAAAAUGCCCAAGUGGGUGCGAGUGGUACUGUUGAACUGGUGUGCAUGGUUUCUCCGAAUGAAGAAGCCCGGGGAAGGAAAGACUGGCAUACCUUACAGGUACAAUCAACAGCGGCAAGACAUCAUCAGCAGUGUGGAGAUGAACAGAAUACCCAGGCAGCGUUCCAGCAAUGGUAGCGUGAUCUACGUUGGCUAUCACACCAUGGAGAACCCCUGCUGCCCUCCAUGCAACGACUCGGGCGUUAUGUGUGGUCGGAUCACUUGCACACACACUGAGGACAAUGCACAGAAUGGGCUCCUGGUUGGCAGCCCCCCUGAAAUGAGCAAGAUUCUGGAGGAGCUGCAGUUCAUCACCAGGCGCUUCCGGGACCACGAUGAGGGUGAAGCCGUCUGCAGUGAAUGGAAGUUUGCUGCCGCGGUGGUUGACAGGCUCUGCCUGGUAGCCUUUACUGUAUUUUCUAUAGUUUGUACAUUUGCCAUUUUGAUGUCAGCUCCGAAUUUCAUAGAAGCUAUUUCUAAAGAUUUUGCAUGAAACUUGAUUUGUAUCAGUGAGACGAGUUUCUCAGCAAAUUAUCACAGGUCAGCUAAGGUGAAACUUACAAAAAUGUAAAGCUGGGUGACCCUUACUGAUCAAUGGAUAUAAAAUCAUUCAACACAAAACCCAACAUACAGUAUAUUGUUUUUUUACCUGUCAUAUUGUUUUUUUAUAUGAUCAUCAAAGCAUUUUGCAUUUCUUUUUAAAGUCAGCACUUAUGAUGUACAAUAAUUGCAUGUGGUGCUCUCUAAUAUAUAGUCAAAUUCCCAAGAUAUCUUUCCUUUGUUAAUGACCAAUCAUUCAUAAAGAGAUUAGAGCUUUCCUAUGCAUAUGGAUCAGCUGGGUAACAAAGUUGCAGAUCUGUUUAAGCUAUUGGUAGGUUAAUGUGACUGUUAAGGAUGUUGCUAUUGAAAUGAGUGACUAGAUUAGAAUAAUCUUGCAGAGAAAGAAUCUAUAAAAACUGGCAAAUAAUCUGUAGAAGAAGGUCAAAUCAAUUGAUGAUCGAAUAAGAAUGCAAUUUGUACAUCCAUUCAAUUCUUGUACAUAUAAUGAGAUGUCCACCCCAAGGUGUAUUACAACAGUUUUCAAAGAGGAAAAGAUAGCUUCUCUUGAUAACUAGGGAAAGAUACAGUCAAAUCACAAAAACAUUAGUUGAUAAUCUAUUUUAAUGCUGUUCAUAUAUAUAUAUAUAUAUAUAUAUAUAUAUAUAUGCUUCCAACGUUGCAGGAAAUGCUGCAUUUAAACAAAAAACUAAUUUUGCUGUAACAAAUAUUAAUAAAUCCUGAAAUAAAAACAGAACGUACUGGCAAUUUACACAGGGCCAGGCAGUAUCUGUGGAAAGUAAGCGUUCCAGGUGAAUAAACUGUUAUGAAAUUAACUUUCAUCAUGCUGAAUGUCUCCAGCUUUUUUUAAUUAUAAUUUCAGAUUUCCAGCAUUAGUAGUUUUUUGACUAAUACAUGCAUCCUGAGUCCUGAAAGGCUCCAUAUAAAUGAAAGUAUUCAUCCUGUUCACUUUUUAUCAUUACGUAGAAUUUAUAGCAUGAAAACAGACCAUUUGUCUGAACUGCUCUUUGUUGAUGUUUCUGCUCUACAUGAGAUUUUACUCCAUUUAUCCCUAAUUGUAUAUCUCACUUUUACUUUUCCCUCAUGCUCAAGGUUUGUGUUAUUCACCUUAACGAGUGCAUGCAUUGCAAAUUCCACAUUCUACAUAUCUUCUGCAUACAAUGUUAUACUGCUUCAUUUGAACAAUUAUAUGCACCUAUUCUCCUUUUUCCAUUUCUGCAUUGAGCCGACAAAUUGGUUCUUUUGUGUCUUUCUAAGACAUUGCAACUUAUUAAAAGAAAAAAAUGUGCCUUUGUUACAGAUGAAUGAAAGAAAUGGGCACAACUUGUAAGGCACAUUAUAUUAGUUUUCACAGCUGUCCCCUUUCUGGUUGCAGAAUUUAUUUUUCAACACUGAUUAAUAGCAACUGAUCUUGAAGCUAGUUUGUGGUGCGAUUACACCAAUUUUGUGCAUUUCUGCAACCAUGAUGCUUCGAUAAGAACAUGAAUUCAUAUUUUGGUGUUUUCAUGAAAUAAUACACUAAACAAGUAAGUAUAUAUGGAGAGGGCCAAGUGAGCAUUUCAAAGGUUGAUUAAUGUUCCCUGUUCAGGACACUGAUCAAUAAACCUGUUAUUACUUCAGUAAUUCAUCUAGCUUAGUCUCACACCUGUCAAAAUCCAUACUGUUACAAAGUAUUAAAAUGGGGUUCUCCUGUAAAGUGCAUUGAUUCCAUGAAAUGGCCCAAAGAAACAAUGCACUAGGGAAUCCUUUGGUGUUCAUUCAUUUUCUAGUAAAUCUUGCACUGGAACUAAGAUGACUUUAGCACACAGUAGCUUCUGAAAUUGUGUUGUCAUCCACGUUUCUUAUCUUUAGACAUUUUUACUCAUUGUGUCCAUGGCCCCAGCCUAACCCUUAAUGUGAGAUGUCACUUACUUCAAUGCUUAUCCUCUACAGUAUACUAUGUUGAUUAACUCAAAAUCAACUGCAUAAUCGUUGGUGUUGUUUGAAAUUCUGGUGAUUCUACUGGAGUUUACAUGUACUUGGAUAUGUCCUUCUGUCCACUUUAUCAAUUAACAUGACCGUAUAUGCAAAGGCUAUAUUUGAUAAACUAGCUGACUAUAAAUAUGUGCAUAAUUAAUGCUUGUUGGUUUUUGUUUCUAUCCAUAUUACUUGGCUUUAAAAAUGUACGUUCAUGCAUUAUGCUGGUAUUAUAAUAAAUAAAAAAACACUUAAAGUUUUCACUUAGUCUCAGGUAGACUUUU